AUGGAACUGAAAAAUAUUCAUGAUUACAAUUAAUGCAUUUCACAAAAUUAAAUGCUAAUAAUAUUGUGGUAUCAUAUGUCAAUUUAUUAUAGUCAUACAGAUUUUUGUGAAUACGAGAACCAUAGUGAAUUAUGUGAAGAGAUAUUCGAACAAUAAUGUUAAAUAUAAUAAAGAUAUAAAUUUGAUAAGAAAGUAUGUAAGAAUGGUUAGAAUUGA